AUGGCCUUCGCAGAGCAACAACAAUGGAUUACGGUCCAGCAAAAGACCUUUACUAAAUGGCUGAACACCAAGAUUGAGGUUCGCGGCCUUGAGGUCAAGGACCUGGUUAAAGACCUCAGCGAUGCUGUUAUGCUUAUCCAUCUACUAGAAUGCCUUUCUGGCGACUCGCUUGGGCGCUAUGCCGCCAAACCGAAGCUCAGGGUCCAGCGUUUCGAAAACGCCAAUCUCGCGCUAAACUUUAUCAAAUCCCGAGGUAUUCAGAUGACAAACAUUGGCGCGGAGGAUAUUGUGGAUGGAAACCGGAAGAUUAUUCUAGGUCUCAUCUGGACACUCAUUCUCCGCUUCACCAUCAACGACAUCAACGAAGAAGGUAUGACAGCCAAGGAGGGUCUGCUAUUAUGGUGUCAGCGCAAGACAGCGUGCUAUGACGAAGUCGACGUCCGCGAUUUCAGCGGCAGCUGGAAUGACGGUCUGGCCUUCUGCGCCCUCCUCGAUAUCCACCGUCCCGAUCUCAUCGACUACGACGCCCUCGACAAGUCGGAUCAUCGUGGAAACAUGCAGCUGGCUUUCGAUAUCGCUCAUGCCGAGAUCGGUAUCCCCAAGCUGCUCGAUGUUGAGGAUGUGUGCGACGUUGCCAAGCCCGAUGAGCGUUCGUUGAUGACCUACAUCGCCUACUGGUUCCACGCCUUCUCGCAGAUGGAGAAGGUCGAGAACGCCGGUCGUCGUGUGGAGAAGUUCUUCAACAACAUGCAGGGUGCGUGGGAGAUGCAGAGCGCUUACGAGCGUAGAAUGGCCGCUCUGCUCAAGACUAUCCAAGAGCAGAUCGUUUCUUGGCAGGGGGCCACUUUCGAUGGUACCUAUGCCGAUGCUAAGGCACAGGCGUUCCAGUUUGCAUCAUAUAAGAAGGGCAAGAAGAGAGAGUGGGUAGCGGAAAAGAGUGAUCUCGCAACAUUGCUCGGAAACAUCAAGACAAAGCUGGCUACAUACCGACUACGGCCGUAUGAGCCACCAACACAUUUGAAGAUGGAGAGGUUGGAUGAACAAUGGAGCAACUUGUCCAAGGCGGAGAUGAGCCGGGGACAGUUGAUCAACGAAACCAUCAGAGAUAUCAAAGACGCCCUCCGAAAAUCCUUCGCCGACAAAGCCAACGAUUUCGCCCUUGCCCUCAACACCAUGCAACUCGCCAUCUCCGGGCUCGAAGGCGACGUAGAAGACCAGCUGCACCACGUCCGCAAGCUCUCCGAGAACCUCCCCCCACUGGACGCCUACCUCAAGACCAUCGAGGCCGUCGACCUCAAGUGCCAGGAAGCCAACAUCGAAGAAAACGACUUCACGACCUACAGCUACGACGAGCUCUGCUACGAGCUCUCCCUCGUCAAGUCGUCCGUCUCCAAGAAGCUCGCCUUCCUCGAGAACCAGAUGGUGGCCCGCAACAUGACCAACCUGACGCCCAUCCAGCUCGAGGAGUUCGAGUCCGUGUUCCGCCACUUUGACCGGGACGACACCAACUCGCUGUCCGAGCUCGAAUUCAGCGCCGCCCUGGCCUCCUUGGGUCUCGUCUUCUCCGAAGACGAAAUGCACGAGUACUUCCUCGCGACCUCCAACGGCCGCGACCGCGUCACGUUCGAGCAGUUCAUCCGCUUCAUGGUGGACGUGACCGAGGACCAGAACUCGGCCGAUCAAGUCUUCCAAUCCUUCCGGGAAGUCGCCGACGGCAAACCCUACGUGACCGAAAUGGACCUCCGCCACUCGCUCGUGCCGGACGAGGUCAUCGAGAAACUCAUCGAGAUCAUCCCGAAGCAUACCGGCCCGGACAUGCAGAGCGAUCGCGGCAUGGAGCAGUACGAUUACAUUGCUUUUAUGGAGAAGUUGAUAUCGGAACAGGAGGGUAGGGCGGCAAGUGCAAGUAGUAGAAGGAGCAGUAGGGCUAGUGGUGUAGCCAGUGGUGCGGCGGCGCCCGGGCAGAUGCCAAACCACAACCAUACUGCUUCUGUGGGUGGUGGUGGUGCUAGUCAUAGUAGGCAUAAUAGCCAUGCUAGUGUGGGAGGGAAAUCGGUGCUGGGGGGGGAUAAGAGUAAUGGGUUGAUGAAGUCGCCCAAGAGCCCUGGGACUCCUGGGACUCCUGGGACGAACAACAAGCCGAAUGGGUAUCAUUAG